CGGAAACGAAUCCUUGAUAAAAAAAUUCCACACCAAUAUGUCCGCAUCCGAGAUGAAUCCACACGAGAAGUCGGACCACUCACGCCCCUAUCCACCGUCUUAUCAAACAUCAACAAAGUCGAUGAACGCGUUGAGCUCAUCCUCUCCGAACCCGAACCCAUUGUCCGUGUCAUUAGUAAGGAAAAGCUCAAAGAACUUCAUAAACAAGACAAAGCUGCCGUUAAACCCAAACGCACGUACCCACCAAAAGAGAUUCAGAUUACGUGGAGCAUCGAGCGAGAAGAUCUCGAGCGGAAGUUAGACAAAGUUAAGAAAGAACUGGACCGAAAUGUCACAGUGGAACUGGUGAUAGGCAGGAAAAAGGGGAUGCCGAUACCUUCUCCAGGGGAGAAGAUGGAAAAGAUGGAUGUGAUUGCGGAAAUGUUGAAGCUUUUUGGGAGGGAA